AUGGCGUUGACUGGUGUGGUACCGUGCAUGGAUAGUGAGCAAGAGGCUCUUCUCAAGAUCAAAGAAGGCUUUAAGGAUGUUUCAGAACCCUUCUCUUCAUGGACUGCAGUAGAAGAUUGUUGCAAUUGGAGAGGAGUUGGAUGUGACAACACAACUGGUCAUGUGACCAUGCUUGAUCUCCACAGUCGAGACCCAUCCAGCAAAUUGCUAGGUGAGGUAAGUCCUUCUCUGCUUGACUUACCAUAUUUGAGAUCUCUAAACUUGAGCCUCAACCAUUUCCAGCAGACUCUAAUUCCAGAGUUUAUAUGUUCUCUUAAAUAUAUCGAACAUCUCAACCUAUCUAAUGCCAAUUUUCGAGGAACCAUUCCCAGUAGUCUUGGAAACCUCUCACACUUAAAGUCUCUGGAUUUGAGUGGAAAUGGCCUUUUUUAUUUAAAAGCCGAAAACCUCAGUUGGGUUUAUGGUCUUUCUUCUUUGGAAGUUCUUGCUCUAGGUGGUGUUGAGAUUAGCAAUGCAGAGGAUUGGCUUGAUGCAGUAAAUAUGCUACCUUCUCUGGUAGAAUUGCGUUUAUCUUUUGUAAACUUCACAAGCUUCCUCAAAAUUUGCAUCAUUUCUACAAUACCAGAUUGGUUGUUUGACAUUGGUCAUAGUCUUGUUUACCUUAAUCUUUCAAGAUGCCAGUUAUAUGGUGUGAUCCCAGAUGCUUUCGGUAACUUGACUUCUCUCAUCUCUCUUGAUCUCUCGGAUAAUAAUCUCGAGGGUCCAAUACCAUUGACUUUAGGCCUAUUUCAAGAGCAAGGCGAGCGUAACAGAUCUUCAUCACUGAGAAAAUUGUAUCUUUCUAGCAAUGGAUUGAAUGGAUCCUUAGCGCGAAGUCUUGCCCAAUUUUCGCAACUGGCUGUCCUGGAUGUGGCUAUGAAUUACAUGAAGGGUAGCAUCAAAGAUGCUCACUUGCAAAAAUUCAAUAGCUUGCGGGUGUUAGAUCUUUCUUCAAACCGGUUAGCAUUGAAAGUGAGUUCUAAAUGGACUCCACCCUUUCAACUUGAAGCCAUAGGUUUGAGGUCUUGCCUUCUAGGCCCGAAAUUUCCCCAGUGGCUUCGAUCACAAAAGAAUUUUUCUGCCAUUGAUAUCUCUAAUGCUGGUAUUGUAGAUGUUGUGCCAGAUUGGUUUUGGAACCUUUCUUCCAGGAUCAUGUAUAUGAAUCUGUCUUUCAAUAAGCUCAAAGGACAUGUGCCCGAUUUUUCAUCGCAGCACCAACUAUCAGAACAAGAUUUGACUGGCAAUAACUUUUCGAGCCCCCUGCCUCGCUUCUCGGCCAACACAAGGAUAUUACUUUUAGCUAAAAAUUCAUUUUUUGGACAUAUUUCGAACUUGUGUGGAAUAUUGUCUAUAAAUAACUCCCUGAAUUAUUUGGAUCUAUCUUCAAAUAAUUUAUGGGGUGAGAUUCCAGACUGUUGGAAAUAUGGACACAAUCUGAUCGCUCUAAACUUAGCUAAUAAUAAUCUUUCCGGACAAAUUCCCUACUCAAUGGGCCAAUUAAUACGUCUUAACACGUUGCGAUUGGAGAACAAUAUUUUGUCAGGGGAAGUGCCUUUAGCAUUGAAGACUUGCACUGAGUUGACUGCUUUGUAUCUUGCGAAUAACAGGCUCUUGGGUAACGUACCAACAUGGAUUAGUGAAAAUUUACAAAAGCUGAAAUUUCUUUCAUUACGUUCUAAUUCAUUCAGUGGAAAUAUUCCCAUGCAAUUGUGUCAACUGCAACAUUUGAAUUUUUUGGAUCUUUCGUCAAAUAAUUUAUCGGGAGCUAUUCCACCAUGCGCGUUUCCUAGCAUGGUGAUUGCUUUGGUAGACACUAAUCCCGACAUGAGUUAUCCAUAUAUGGCAUAUUCUGACAGUGUCAAACUCACAUUCAACUCCAGGGAAUUUAUUAGACAUCGUAAUUUUCACUACUUAUUUUCUAACAUUCUUGACCUUUCAUCUAAUAACUUGUCAGGAAAGAUUCCCACGGAAGUAAUGAGCCUUUACGGAUUGAUAGUUUUGAAUUUGUCAAGAAAUCAUCUAGUUGGACCUAUCCCACCAAACAUUGGUGAAAUGGCAAAUUUAGAGGCUCUUGAUUUAUCAAGGAACCACCUUUCAUGCACUAUGCCAGCUAGCAUGACAAAUCUAUCCUUCCUAUCGUAUUUGAACAUAUCACAUAACAGUUUGUCAGGGAAAAUUCCAUUGUCUACCCAGUUACAAUCAUUUUCCGGCCAAGCCUUUAUAGGGAAUCCUCAACUUUGUGGGCCUCCACUUUCAGACAAUUGCUCGAGCAAUGAAUCAUUUGGAGAUCCACAUUGUAGCAUUGAAGAAGGAGAUGAUGAAAAGCAAAGCAUUCAAAAACAAGAGCAGCAUGACUUCAAAAUACCUUCAUUUUAUUUAAGCAUGGGACUUGGAUUUAUUGUGGGGUAUUGUGGAUUUUGGGGCUCUUUACUGCUGAAUAAAUCUUGGAGGUAUGCUUAUUUCCGCUUCUUGGGCAACAUGAAUGACAAAAUUUAUGUGAUGGUAGUAGUUGGAGCAGCCAAAUUGAAAAGGAAGUUUCAACACCAACAAGCUCCCAAGUAA